AUGAGCCCGCUCCAGAACCUCAAGGCGCACGAAAACUCGGUGAAGAUCGAAAACGCGCUGCGCCACGUAAAGAAGCGCGACGAGGCCCCUGCGCCGGGCGACCCUACCGUGUAUGUCGACGAGCAGGGCGAAACGUUUAUCACUACCGACCGCAUCGUCAAGACCAUCAGCCCUCCAUCGUUCCGCAUUCCUGCGGACUCUGAAGUGUUCCCGGACGGGAAAAACCCAGACUACAAGUUUCUGAUGCACCACUUCAAGCAGGAAGGAAGAUUGUCCGAACACCAGCUCACGUACAUUCUCCAGGAGUCGGCCGCGAUUUUCGAGCAGGAACCGAACAUGCUCAAGGUGCCCUGUCCGGCAACCGUGGUGGGCGACAUCCACGGCCAGUAUUACGACCUGUGCAAGAUGCUCAACAUGUGCGGCGACCCAGCCAAGACACAGUACUUAUUUCUGGGAGACUACGUCGACCGUGGCGACUACUCGAUGGAAUGUCUGAUUCUGCUGCUGGCCAUGAAAAUCAACUUUCCCAAGUCGUUCUGGAUUCUCCGAGGAAACCACGAGACCAAACGCAUGACCGAGCACUUCACGUUCAAGCGCGAGUGUGCCGUCAAGUACUCGCUAGCCAUCUACAGGGAGGCGCUCAACACUUUCAAGAUGAUGCCCUUCUGCGCGGUGCUGAACGACCAGUUUUUCUGCUGCCACGGCGGGCUCUCGCCCGAGCUCGAGAGGCUCAGCGAUAUCAGCAAAAUCAACAGAUUCAGAUACGAUUUCCCGUCCCGAGGACUUUUCAGCGACAUCAUGUGGUCGGACCCGGCUCCCGAGUACGACACCGAAGUCCUCUCGCCCACAGACUACGACUCCUACUUCAGAGACAAUUACGAGCGCCACUGCUCGUACUACUACUCGUACCAUGCUGUGUGCCACUUUCUCGAGAAAAAUAAUCUAUUGAGUGUCAUAAGAGCGCACCAAGCGCAGGACGCGGGUUACAGAAUGUACCGCAAGAACGAGGCCACCGGGUUCCCCUCGGUGAUCACCUUGUUUUCCGCCCCGAACUAUUGCGGUACCUAUAGAAACAAGGCUGCGGCCCUGAUCUACGACGGCUCCACGUUCAACAUCAAGCAGUUUGUGGCGACCGAUUCGCCCUACCAUCUGCCGGACUUCAUGGACGUUUUCGAGUGGUCGCUGCCGUUUGUGUCGGAAAAAGUGCUUGACAUCCUCGUUUCCAUCCUCAACAUUUGCACAGAGGACGAGCUCGAGGAGGAGACCGUCGUGGCGCGCGACGUGGUCAAGUCGCUGCGGGACGUACCCGAGACGUCUCCGGAAACCACGCUGGCCGCCGUCACGGGGCCAGCAACCGGCGUGUCGCCGCUCGAGGCACGUGCCUCGCUGCGCAAGAAGCUGCUCUCGAUCGGCCGCAUGUCGCGCAUGUUUAACAUCCUGCGCGAGGAGGCCGAGAAAGUUGAGCAUCUCAAGAUUUACUCGGGCGGCAAAUUGCCCCGUGGCGUGCUAAUGGACGGCCGCGAGGAGCUGCACAACAGACUAAAGUCGUUCUCGGAGGCCCGAGAGGCAGAUCUCCAGAACGAAGCGUUGCCGCCGUCUGCCGAGGAGCUCGAGAGGAUCGAAGAAGAGCGCCAGCGGAAGGCCAGAGAGUACAUCGAGGGCGCGGAUCAGUGGUCUCACAGCGCAUAGCAUUUUUCCAAAUGGGACCUGUCGUUGCCCCACCACUCCGGAAACUGAGCUGCCGUCUUGGACCCGAACAGCAGCGCAAUGACAAGGUUGGCAAGGUUGAAGCCCGUGUCGAACGCUGCUGCCAGGACAUAGUUGUAUUUCUGGAACCAUUGAUGCUGGUAUUUGUACAGGUAAUGCAUAGUGAAGGUGCCAAUGAGGAAUUGCGUAAAGUAGCCUGUGCUGAUGUUGCCAUAGAACUUGGACAUGGACGCAAAUAGGAUGGUAACGUUGAACUUUUUUGCAAGCCGCCAGGGCGUGUGCUUUGCCAUCCAGAACACCGCCAAGGGUGCUAUGCUACCAACCAGAAAUCCCAGAGGCAGAUACGGAUAGUGCUCAAACACCCGUUUGGGGCCGAGAACAACGUACUGGAUUGCGUUGCUGUUGUAGUUUGUCAACACCUGGCCGGUCCAUUGGCGCAUCGGGUCGCUUUUCAGACCUUUGAGGAAGUCGUACUUGGACUUCACCACCCAACGCAGCGACAUGUAAUUGAACGGCACGCCUAUGAGAUCGCCAAAGAUCUGCGAAAAGAAAACAAGUCUAGGCGGUAUGUCGUUGUAGAUUCCAAUUUUCUGGUCCUGGAGAAUGUACUGGGCACGGUACCAGCAGUUUCCCGCAAUGGCCCCGUAGAAAGCUGCUCCACAGGGAUGUUUGCCACUUGUGCCCGAGAAAAAUGGCGUCUGCAUCAUCAGACCGUACACCAGCUCGUUGACCGUGCCGAUCUCCACCUGGAAGUUGGAGAUCGCGUACAAAUAUGCCAUCGGAGUCACUAUUAUUGACCCAAUUAUCAACGCCACGAUAUACGUUUUCCAGGGAAUAAACAGCUCAUCUGUGGCCAGAAGAAUGGACGACAGCAGCACAAAGCUGACCAAAAACAGGGUCAAAAACCAGCUGUUGGGCACCUCAUCGUAUCGCGCAUACGAUUUGCUGAUUCUGUCUGCGUAGCGGUUUGUCAGUGGAUCUUUGAAUUUUUGGCGCAGCUUUUGGUAGCCAGACUUUAUAUCCUGGUAGCCAAAGCAACCUAUCCAAACAAUUGCACUGGUGUAGGCUGCAUAGUCGAAGAAGAUGUUUGCAAGGCGCUGAGUGCCGAAAUGGAUGGGUCCGAGCAGCUCGUACGCCGUCUCGUUGAGCUGGAGCUCUGGAGUAAGCAGUUGGGUUGUCGGAUACAGAGACCCGUUUGAAAGUAGAAGUCUGUUGUCCAUUAGUCCCAAAGCAUACUUUCCCUGGUCGUACCACUUGCAGAAUGGCAGAAAUAUCCAGCAUAGGCUUGCAAACCCGAGGAACUGCAUCACUAUUGUCCAAUACGGGCUGAGCAUCACCGAAGACGAGAUGUUGCUCCAAUCCAGCGAGAUGUUCAAAAACCCAAGUCCGCCGAGACCUGAGCCCCAAAAGUUCAGUACCGCAUUGUGAGGAGCCAUAAAGCACAAUAUGGCGACCGACGACGUCAAUGGGAAGACGAACUCGGGGAAAAACUGCCAUACAAAUAGCGACACAAGGCCAACCGUAAACACGCGCAUCUGCGAGUUCGACUGGCUCCCAGCAUGUUCCUGGGCUUUGAACAGCGAAGUUUGCAUCAACGCCUUGGGCCACACAAACUGUGGCUCGUAUAGAACAAAGUUUCUCGCAAUUGCUCCAAAAGAGUAGCCAGUCCAGACAAUGCUGUACAUGAAGACUAGUGCCACUAACGGAUGCACUUUUCGAUCGUAGUAGAUCUCCGACAGCGACAGACCGGCAGUGCCCUGGUUGCCAGUGGCUCCCGAGGCCGCUGUCAGCGUUACCAGAACAGAUUCCUUGAUAGACCAGGGGCCAGGGUUGAGGCUGAACCGAAACCCAAGCAGGUUCACAGUGGUUCGAGGCAGAACUCUCGCCAGCCACCUGCCGGCCGGGUCCGAUAGAAAUUGAACAAAUAAAAUGCUGUAAGGUGCGCUCGUGGUCCGGUACGAAUUUAAUGUGUCCACAAAUGCUCCCGGGAUGACAAAUACAAUGCUGAGCAGAAAGUAGCGGAACG